GAAGAAAUUCGUCUUGGCCCCUAAGACCCUCACGAACUUCUACAGAUGCACCAUUGAGAGCAUUCUGUCGGACUGUAUCACUGCCCGAUACUGCAGGUCUCUCCAGAGGGUGGUGCAGUCAGAGGGUGGGGCGACCGGUUCGUACAUAAAACAUUCUCAAUUCAAGCUGCAAAGGCUUCGAUUUCCUCCUUAACUUGAUUUAAUGGCGGGGAAAAUAUGCGUACUUUAUUAAACACCAUUUUCCACCACCAUGCUACUGGUCACUUUAAUAAUGUUUACACUAUUCUAGUCAUGGCUCAUCCUAUAGCUACUGCUGUAAACACAUUUUCUAUUAAUAUACGGUCUAUACACACCAUUCACAUAUAUAUUUAUUUAUAUUCCGAACUCUGACAUUGUUCGUUCUGAUGACGUUUGUAUUGUUACAUUGCUGGAGCUAGAAACAAGCAUUUCGCUGCACUUGCGAUAUUUGCAAAACUGUGUACCCGACCAAUAAACUUUGAUUUGCCAUGGUUGCUUUAUAUACUAACAUCUUGACAUGUGCAUUUAUAUACAGCUAAGUAGCUAGCCAACUGAAUAUCAAAUGUACUACAAAAUAGUUGGCUGAAAUAGGCCUAUCCCAGACCACAGAUAGAACAAUGGGUUAGUUAUAAAACAUAUUUGCCCAGACGUUGCAAUCCAGCUAAAUGGCUAUCAGAUAUGUUCAGAUAGAUUUCGCGCCAUUGCUAAUGUGACAAAGUUGCCAUGAAAAUCGUCAGAACGUCGCAUUGUAAUCACAUUUUGUUGCAAUAAAUGAAAACGGGUUCAGUUACAAAAGAAAGGGACAAUAUCACAAACUCCUCGAUUUGCAGUGAUGGAGUUCAAACACACUCGCCAGCUUGGCCCCCUAGUGAUCAGGGACUGGGCGGGGUUACGGGUAGACGUGCUAAUAGGAUAACGCCGGAUGUUGACGGUGGAACCAGAAAUAAACAACCCACCACAUCGUUCCACCCUCUGUCACUCUCCAGAGCCUGCCGUACUCAGUGUGUUGGUGAGGUGAUAGCUAGCUAAAGAAAAAAUGCCGGAGUCCCGCUAUCACUGGUCAGGGGAAGAGGUGAAUGCCAUCGUCUCAAUAUGGUCAGACGAGGCAAUACAGCGUGCAUUACGUUCGUCUGACUCUGAGUACCGAGGUGCCGCAAAGGUGUACCAUGAGAUCUUUGUGCGCCUUCGCAAAUUAGGUUAUAAGGGAAACGUCCAGCAAUGUCGUGACAAACUAAAGAAACUCAAGGGUCAGUACAAAGAAAUUAAGGCAAACAGUUCCGACCGCUGGAGUUAUUUUCCACCGUCAUGGUUCGAUGCCAUGGACGCUGUGCUGGGACAGCGACUCAGAAAGCCAGUACUGAGAAGUGGAAAAGCCACCGGAUCACAAAAAAACGACAAAUCACCAUCCAGUUGGACACCUGAUGAACCUCCACAAACUUCAGGGUCUGGGGUGAGAACUUCAGCUUCUAGGCUGUUGGAGUUGACUGAUUCCUCUGAAGAUUAUGAGGAAUCUGGAUACCACUGGUCGUCUAAGGAGGUUCAGGCAUUGUUAACACUCUGGGCAGAUAAGAGAGUUCAGAAGCACCUCCUCUCCUAUAAAAACGAGCACGUCUAUGCCAAAUUUAGUUCAGAGCUUGCCGUCCUGGGUUUUAAAAGGACGACAAAGCAGUGCAGACAAAAGAUACAUGUACUGAAAAAGGAAUACAAAAAAAUCAAGGAUAACAAUAACAUGAGUGGUUCCAUCUAUCGUGAAGAGAGUUGGUUUGCCAUCAUUGAUAGUGUCCUCUGUCACCAACCAAGUACUUUGGAGUCUGGGGUGUUAAAUUCAGAUGCCAAGCUUUUGGAGUCGCCUGAUUCCCAACAAGAAAUGGGAGAUUUUAACAAAUCUCCAUCCAGUUGGACACCUGAUGAGGACCAUGGUCAACAAUCAGAAGCCUCAGGGUUUGGGGAGAUAAAUGCAACCACUCUACUGUUUGAAUCGACUCCUGAUUCCGCUGUAGAUGAGGAACAUACUGAGGAAUCUGGAUACCACUGGUCGCCUAAGGAGGUUCAGGCAUUGUUAACACUCUGGGCAAAUGAUAGUGUUCAGAAGCAGCUUCUCUCCUAUAAAAACGAGCACGUCUAUGCCAAAUUUAGUUCAGAGCUCGCCGCCCUCGGAUUUAACAGGACAUCUAAACAGUGCAGAGACAAACUAAAAAAGCUGAAACAGGAAUAUAGAAGAGUCAAGGAUGACAAUAACAAGAGUGGUUCCAACCACCGUGGAGAAAGAUGGUUUGCCAUCAUUGAUAGUGUCCUCUGUCACCAACCAAGACUUUGGAGUCUGGGGUGAUAUAUUCAGAUGCAAAGCUUUUGGAGUCGACUCAACCUGAUUCCCCUCAAGAAAUUGAGGAUUCUGACCAAUCUGCAUCCAGUUGGACACCUGAUGAGGUCCAUGGUCUCCUUGGUCACCAACCAGGAACUUCAGGGGCUGAGGUGAUACAUUCA